UAUUAUUAUUAUUAUUAUUAUUAGAAUAAUUCUACUUGUCUCGCAUUUGAAUGGGGAAGAAACUGGAUUGAACAGUGUGACUGAAAAACGGGGGAUUUGAAGAUGGGAUUUAUCAGCACAAUAUUGGGGUUUUGCGGAUUUGGAGUUGGGGUUUCUUCUGGAAUUGUGGUUGGAUAUUACCUGUUCAUAUAUUUCCAGCCCAGCGAAGUUAAGGACCCAGAUAUUCGCCCUUUGGCUGAGCAGGACUCUAAAAGUUUGCAGCAAUUGCUUCCUGAAAUACCUUUCUGGGUGAAGAAUCCAGAUUAUGAUCGUAUGGACUGGCUCAACAAGUUUCUGGCGAUUAUGUGGCCUUACCUCGACAAGGCAAUUUGCAAGACUGCUAAAAACAUUGCUACUCCUAUUAUUGAUGAGCAAAUACCCAAAUAUAAAAUCGAAUCUGUCGAGUUCGAAGCCCUAACACUAGGAUCUCUGCCACCAACCUUUCAAGGCAUGAAGGUCUACCUCACUGAGGAGAAGGAGUUGAUUAUGGAGCCUGCCUUGAAAUGGGCAGGAAAUCCUAAUGUCACAGUUGCUGUGAGAGCAUAUGGACUAAAAGCAACAGUUCAGGUUGUCGAUUUGCAGGUCUUUGCUCAGCCACGUAUCACCCUAAAGCCUCUUGUUCCUAGUUUUCCUUGUUUUGCCACGAUCUUUGUGUCUCUUAUGGAGAAGCCGCAUGUUGAUUUCGGACUAAGGCUUGGGGGUGCUGAUCUCAUGUCGGUUCCUGGCCUGUACCGGUUUGUGCAGGAGCUCAUCAAAGAUCAAGUUGCUAACAUGUACCUGUGGCCUAAAACCCUUGAAGUGCAAAUUCUGGAUCCCACAAAAGCUAUGAAGAAGCCAGUUGGGAUUCUCCACGUAAAGGUUCUGCGGGCCCAUAAGCUAAGGAAGAAAGAUCUGUUAGGCGCAUCGGAUCCUUAUGUGAAGCUAAAGCUCACCGAAACGAAGGCUCCAUCAAAGAAAACCACAGUGAAGCACAAGAAUCUGAACCCUGAGUGGAAUGAAGAAUUCAGCAUUGUUGUUAAAGAUCCUGAAACACAAGCUUUAGAACUUCAUGUUUAUGACUGGGAGCAGGUUGGCAAACAUGACAAGAUGGGUAUGAAUGUAGUCCCUCUCAAGGAGCUUCCACCCGAUGAAGCAAAACAUAUGACAUUAGAUCUCCUUAAAAACAUGGACCCGAACGAUGUCCAAAAUGACAAAAUGCGUGGGCAGAUUGAGCUGGAGUUGACAUAUAAGCCCUUCAAAGAGGAGGAUAUUCCAAAGGAUUUUGAAAAUGCAGGCGAGGUACAAAAGGCUCCCGAGGGCACCCCAGCCGGUGGAGGUGUAUUGGUCAUCAUUGUUCAUGAAGCUCAAGAUGUUGAAGGGAAACAUCACACUAACCCGUAUGUUCGCAUCAUAUUUAAAGGGGAGGAGCGUAAAACUAAGCAAGUAAAGAAAAAUCGAGACCCGAGAUGGGAAGAGGAGUUCACAUUCAUGCUUGAAGAACCUCCAGUGAAAGACAGGAUUCAUGUGGAGGUACUUAGCACCUCCACUAGAAUCGGCCUGCUGCAUCCCAAGGAGACAUUGGGUUAUGUCGAUAUCAGCCUGGGUGAUGUAGUCAACAACAAAAGGAUAAACGAGAAGUUCCAUCUCAUAGACUCGAAGAAUGGAAGGAUACAGAUCGAGCUUCAGUGGCGAACAUCAUCUUGAUCUUUACUGAACGAACCCUUUUUCAGUUACCUAAGAGAAGUGAACACGCCAAGGGUGAAACAAGGAACAUCUUCUUAAACACUUCUAAAGUGUGAGCAUGAAAUUACUGUGAGACGGUUAAUAUAUUUAGAGAGUUUGGGUUUUACGAGGUAACACAGGUGAUUGUGUAUGCUGUGCUUGUGUAUAUCAAUGUCUAGCGACUUUGUUGGUUGUGUGCAUUUUAUUGAGUUCCAUUUUCUGUUUUUGUCAUUUCCUGCUUGUGUAUAAAGAUUGAUGUUUUGUUAUAUGAACAAAUAAGGGAAAAAAAUAGCAAUAUACCUGUUGAAUUUAGUUUGUUCCCAAUAUAUAUGUAUUUUUUAAAUUUAAUGGGUCCUAUUUUCUUAA